CAACACCCUACCAAGCUCCACCAUCAGCAAUGGAGACCUUCUUGAAAGAAUUUGGCUCCGAGCUCCUGGAGCGACCAGAAGUCCAAGCCCUUGCGGACCUCCUCCAGAAACCCGACGUCUCGCCUACCGCAGCCGUCCAACAACUCCUUCAGGCCCGCGAGAUCCCACCGCAGAAGGGGGACGAGCCCCCGAGCAGCAACAACGCAGGCAAUCAUGCGUGGUUCACAAUGUUCCCGCUCGUCGAGCUCGCAAGUCUCACCCCGGCUGCGCAGCAGGCCAAGCUCAUCGAGUUCGUCGCCCAGCUCCAAAAGACCCCCGUCCUCGACCCGGUCACGGGGCAACCGGUGACAGUGGCCGAUGAUCUGACAUUGUGGACCGAUCUCCCUUAUCUCCGCAUUUAUUUGGCUGAUAGGUCUGGUUUCCGUUAUGUUAAGGGAAAAUACCCCGAGGCAGAGGCGUAUCCCCCAGCCGAGGUCCAGGAGUGGGAGAACCGGAACGCGUUCAUGGCGCAGCUGACGGCCGCGGCGGCGGAGCUCGGCCAUCCCAUGGACCUUUCGCUGUAUGGCCUGUACGCGUGCCGGAGCGCAUUCGAGGAAGAAGAGGGGCUGGGCGAGGAGGCGGUGCGCGCGGCCUGUAUUUGGUUCAUCCAUGCUGGGGGCCGGAUGUGGGAGAAUUGUCAGGCGCGACGGGGGUUCGGGGAUCGUCCGCAGGAUCCACGCUUUUUCGAUCUGCCCCGAUGGCGGCGCUGGGAGGAAGGAUUGCGGACGGCAUCGCGGGAGUUCUCUCGGGAGAGUACGCAGGAGCUGAUCCAGAAGGCAUUGAUGGAAUUUGGGAGGGUUCAGAGCAGGAUACGCUGA